AUGCUCAACAUGUCUGGCAUCGCCGGCAACCGCAACAGCACCCCCGAGGUCAACGCCGCGCCCUCUCUUAGGCCGCCCUCGUCGCGAGCAGUGGGCUCUGGCAGCUCGCUGCGCGCGUCUGCCGACAUGGCGGCGAUUUCAGGGACCUCGCCGGCCAACCGCAUCAGGCCGUCGUCCGACUUCUACGGCCAGCCGCAGCAGGGCGGCCACGGCCCCGCCGGCCUCGACAUUGACUCCCAGGACAAGAUUGCCCAGCAGUGGAUCGCGGACAUUGACCAGUACGAGACGACGCUGGAGGAAAUGGCCGCGGCCACGCUCGACCAGGACUUCAAGGACGAGCUCAGCGCCAUCGAGCAGUGGUUCCGCGUCCUGAGCGAGGCCGAGCGCACGGCCGCUCUGUAUGCACUGCUGCAGCAGACGACCCAGGUCCAGAUCCGCUUCUUCAUCCAGGUUCUGCAGCAGAUGGGCAAGAAUCAUCCCAUGUCUGGUGUUCUGUCCCCCGCGACGUUCGACAAAGACCCAAUGUCCAGUCGGCUUAGCGAUGCCAUGAACAAACUCAAUGUCGACUCUGCUCGGAACUCGUUCGCCCGCAACUCGGCCAUAUCAUCGACCAAGCGACACUCUGGCCUCGAUGCCUCUACGAUUAAUGCCAUGUUCCCAGAUGCUGCGGCUGCCAUUGCAACCGAAAAGGCGAAAUUCACCCAGCAAACGGGGAACCCACCCUCUUCGAACCGCAACAGCCUUGCCAUCGAUCCCCGAGCCGCGAUGACGGGGGCGACUUCGGAAUCCAGGGAGGGAAAUGUUGGCUCGACAGCGUCGCCGUGGGGCAGCGGCGGAGAUGCCGCGACGUCAUCCAAGGCGGGCUCGUCCCAGACUCCCAUGGGCCAGUUUGUGCAGCCCCCGGCAUCGGGCGGAGGUUUGAGGUCGCCGAGGCCACCGCAGCUGACCAGCAACUCGACUCUCCAAACGACCACCUUGACGCGAGAUAAGAAUGCGCCUGAUUUGCCCCUCUUGUCGCCGUAUGCGAGCAGCGGCAACUGGGCGUCCAUGGUCAACACUCCAAUGGCCCCAACGUUCAACACCGGAAACUCAAGUGCCACGCAGGCCGACAUGGUGGCCAACGCGACUGCAAUGAAGCUCGCGGCUCUCUCUACCGUUAACAACCGCUUCGCCCUGGACGACGUUCGCAAGUACCGAAGGGCCAGGUCAAACGAUGCCCCGGGAAACGCACACAACCAGAUGCCCGGUCCUUCGCACAUCAACAUUCCCAACGCCAAUGUCGUCAUGAUCAAUGAGCACGGGCAAAUCUUGAACCGCGACCAAUUAAUGGCCAUCCAAGCGCAGCAAGGCCUCACCCUUGGAGGACAGCGGUCUCGCCCCAACUCUCCAGGCCUGCCCAUGCAGUCGAACAUGGGGCCCAUGGCGCACUUUACCUCGCCUCAGCACAACGGCUUCCUCAGCGCAUAUGAUGGUUCGACCUUGAUGGCCGGCGGCAUGUCUCCUGUCGGCUUGGGACAGCUGGGGAUCAACUCCCACGAGGGAUACCUGUCGGACCAUUCCGACAUGGUUCGAGGACGGUCACCGAGAGGAAGAAGGGGAAGCUCAAAGCCCCCGGAAGACCCGACCGACCCCACGCUUCUUCAGGAUAUCCCUAGCUGGCUUCGCAGCCUGCGGCUACACAAGUACACAGACAAUCUGAAGGAUAUGAAGUGGACAGACCUCAUCGAACUGGACGAUAAGGCCUUGGAGGAGCGGGGCGUAAACGCCCUUGGAGCACGGCGUAAGAUGCUCAAGGUCUUUGAGCAAGUCAAAGAUGCCAAGGCCGAGGGCAGGAUAGGCUAA